AUGCGUAGAAACAACAUGCUGAUGAAUAGAGUACGUAUUCAACGAACUACAAGAAGUAGUCAACUCAAAGAAAUUGUUGUUUGCGAAACUCUAAGGUCGAAGAUCGCAGGUCGCGAGACUUUCAUGAUAAUCGUCUUUCAAAAAGUCCCAUCCUUGGCAGUUACGUCCAAAUGCGUAGGAAGAAGAAGAUUGCAGGAGCAAAAAAUUUUUUAGUUCAUGCUAUUUAUCUUCAAGUGUCAAAUUUUGCAGAUCAUAGAUGUCGAAGCUUUCAAUUAAGAACGACUGCCACGUGAAUUGAAUGAUUGUCUGGCCGCUGAAAGAGCAUAAUUUUCGUGUAUUGCAUUGGAGAGUCCAAUAAAGUUGAGUAAUCUGCUCUGCUAAAAUCAGAUAAUGAAUUCAGAUUUACAUACUCACAGUCACAGCACGUCAUGUCUACGCGUGUUUGUCGUGAACAAGAUGCGAUACUAUUUAUCUCACUGACAACUUGAGCAGGAGCCGAGAUUUGCGUCCAUCAGGUCCUGG